ACAACAGUUGUCACUACGACUUUACGUGACUAUUCGAUAGGGCAGAAGAAGCUCACAGGCUCCAAGUUUGGCUUCCCGUCUGCUGAGCAGAGGCUCUGCGACGCCCUGGUAGCUUUCAGCACCUGCAGAGCGCAGGAAUCGCCCCGAUCAAUUACGGCGAUGGUGCCAAGCGCCUAGCAGAUAUAGCGCCGCUGCACCCGCUGGCGUCCCAGCGUCUCACCUUCCCUGCCCAGUCGCUCCUGCAAGCCGGACUCGUCACGUUCUAUGACCACCAUGGAGCACAGAGCUGCUCACCAAGCUUUCCGUCGGCGCUGGAAGAAGACAGACGAUGGCCUCUGCCGGCAUAGCAUGUCCUUCCACCUCCACAACACCCUCAGGAAGGAGUUCUUCGCCAGCUAUCUGUACCUGCUGGAGCAAAUCCCUCUAGUCCAGCUCUUUGCUGUAACCUGCGAGUACAUCAAGGGGGAGAAGCAGUUCUACGCAAGAGCGCAGAAUUUCUACAAAGAUGUGGAGGCUUCGGAGGAGGGGAUGAUGGGAGGCUUCAUCGAGAUUUCCGAGAUUGACUUAGAAGGUUCCAGGCAGUUCCUGAAAAAGUUUGUUGGGGGUCCUGGCAAGGCUGGCACUAAGUGUGCCUUGGACUGCGGCUGUGGGAUCGGGAGGGUAGCCAAGAACGUCCUCCUGCCAGUGUUCGAGACAUUGGAGAUGGCAGACAUGAUAGAGGACUUUCUGAUCCACGCCCACGAGUGCUACCUGGGUAGUGAUGCUGACCGCAUCGAGUCCUACUACUGCUACAACCUGCAGGACCUCACGCCCCCCCCGAAGAAGUAUGAUGUCAUCUGGAUGCAAUGGGUCGCAUGCCACCUGACUGACAACGACCUGAUGAAGUUUCUGAUCAGGUGCAAAGCCAGCCUGAGGCCCAACGGCAUCAUCGUCAUCAAGGACAACAUGGCCAGGCAGGGCUGCAAGCUGGACCCCAUCGACAGCAGCCUUAUCCGGCACCUAGACAUCGUAAAAGCCAUCAUUCUCAAAGCCGGCCUGGAGAUCUUGGGGGUGGAGAAGCAGCAGGGCUUCCCGGAACAGAUAGUCCCCGUCUGGAUGAUCGCCAUGAAAUAAUGGCACUGACACACCUCAGCUUCACCUGCAGGACAACCGACUCUCACCGUGGACCUCAACACCCCGGCAGUGGUUCCUGCUAAUUCGGUUACAAGCAGAACCAUAUCAGAGCCACACAAAAGCUGCUUCAAGUCUGUAUUUAUUUCUUACAUUUUAUCACUAUCAAAAAGAGGAAAAUUAAUUUGGUUCACUAUAAGUUAGGGUUUUAAUCCAACCAUUCCUAUCCUGUAAAACGGUGCCAUUCCUCAAAUCACUGGGAAUUAUUUAACGUGGAAAUGAUAGGAACCACGGAAUUUGCUCCAUCAAAGGGAAGAGUGGAGGUAAAUCCAUAAGUUAAAAUUUUGGCCUUGAUCGAUUUUGUGUCAGUACGUGUUCUGUGUAAUGACACUGUGUGAUGACACUGUGUAAUGACACUGUGUGAUGCUCCUCCCACUUUUAUCAUUGUUAUGUGCACAACCCAGAUGUGGAUUCAUAAUACAAAUGAUGUGUGAUCCAGGGGCGUCAGAAGCAUUUUGAAUGUGGAGGGGAGACACUGGAAAACAGCGCUGGGUGAACUAAUAGUUUAUGUUAAAUGUGGGGGGGUCAUGUCCCCCUCAGAUUUAAUGGUGGCGACGCCCAUGGUGUGAUGUAUACUCCCAAGAGUCCCUGAGGGAGGAGAGAAUGAAACAGAAUGAUAGAUAACAUGAGUUGUAACACUUACAGCAAUGAUGGUUCCUAAUUUUGUCCAUGUAACGUAAGGCGUAGAUGAGGACAAAUUGCUGAAGAGGGAAAGUGGGAUGUUGUUUUGAAAUGACAUCACAAGUACGAUAAAAAACCAAACCCUUGCAAAUUCCAGGCACUGCUGUGCCAUUUUUAAUUUAAUGCAAAAAUCUAUCAUUAUAAUCGAGAGUUUUGUUCAACUGAGGUGUACAUAUAUUUAAAAAAAUAGAUUUAUUUUUGCUUUAUACAUGUAAAUAUCUAAAGGAAUCAGGAAUUCUGACAAUGAUUUCUUAAUUAAAUUUUUUUUAUUUGGUUAAUUUGCAAGACAGUUCCUGUGUUUAAAAGGAACAAUGAAAUAGUAUUAACUGACUUCUAGUUAUUUAGAAUUAUUUUCUGCAUGCUUUAUAGACAUACAUCCACAGUGAUUAUUUAGUGUGUAUUUUUGUAUUUAUUUUUAAAUAUAUAUGCGCUGCAUAAAAAAUUGCUUUUAUGAAGAUAGAAAUGACAGUAUUUGUGCACUUGCGUAGCUUUUGUAGUGUUUGUGGCCAAAUUAAGAAGCUAUUUUAGAAGCUGAAAUGAAGUGAGGAAAAACACUUUGUCCAGCAGGGGGAGGAAUCAUGAAAUACAGUUAUAUCUGAUAGUCUUGAAGAUGGAAAUGAAAUGCAGUUGAUAUAAAACACAUCCAUUCUCAUCUAGAUUGUUUCCCAUUUCACUAUUUGAAAUGCAAUUCAAAGAUCACAGAGGUACAUUUGAACUGGAAGCAACAAGUGAAAAAUAAACUUUGGAAAAUGUC